UUGUGUCCUUCGUGGCCCACCAUAUCCCAGAAUUCAUAGCGCGGCCCAGCCAAACUCCAGUUUUCAGCAAUGGCGGCAGUUACGGAGGCGGUAGAAACGGCGGUCGAGGACAACUACAUUUUUAAAUGUAAGUUGUAUUUGAAGUAGCGAUACAAAUGUUAAGAUGUUUCUUAAAGUAGUUAACAAGGCAGUUCAAUGGAAGUAAUUUUUUACAGUCGUUAAAACUUACGAUUGUACAGUCCCGCUCAUUUUUAACAUUAAAAGGUUAGUUAAUAUUACUCUGUCUGUGUCACAAAAUAAUCUUUUAAGAUAUUUUCAUGUGAGAAUGUAGCUGUGUAAACUUCAAAUAUCUACUCGGUUUAUCAAGACAUCACAUAUUUGCAAAAAUGCGCCGACGUUUUCGGAGACGUCUGUUACCCACCCACUCGAUAGCUGGCCGGGAGCCGGCGAGAACACUGGCAAGUUGGAGCAAAGAGCAGACGACCGAGUUCAUUAAACUCCGGAGCGACAGUGAGCACCUGUUUACCGGUGCCAAAAACUCAGCCACUGUGGGUUGGAGGGCCAUUCUUGAGAAGAUGGGCCUGCAGGGUAAAGUCACCCCUUUGCAGGCUAAAAAAAAUUGGGACAAUCUAAAAAAGAAAUACAAAGACUUCAAGUAUCCAGGGUCAGGCGAGGGAGUGAGCGGGAAACCCACUGCUGCUACAUGGCCCUGGUUUGCCCUCAUGGAUGAGGUGUUAGGACAGAGGCCUUCUACCAAGCCUCCAGUGCUAAUUGCUUCCAUCCAUGAGGACACUCCAGGGCCCAGUUCAGCAGUGGGCAACCAAGUGUUGGAUGAGGAAGAGCAGGAAGAUGAGGGCCAGGUGCAGCAAAGAGGGGCAAAAAGAAAGAAGGACAGGGAUGGGUUUUUGGAUUUAAUCAGAGAGGACAUGAGAUUGCAGAGGGAAAUGGAGGAAAGAAGAACACAGGAGGCAAAAGAUAGAAUGGACAGACUGUUUGGUUUGCUUGAGAAACUUGUUGAAAAAAAAAAGGAUUAAAUUUCUGUAAAUAAAAAUGUAAAUGCUUCACCUUUAUUUACAUUGUUUUUCCUUUUUUUUAAAAAAAAGAAACUAUGUACAACAUAAAUUUUAUCAACACAAUUAAUUAAAAUGUCUGAAAAAAGUA